UCUCACCACUCACCACUGACCAGAAACACGCCGCGUCAAAGUGGCCUUUUAUCAUGCUGCUGGUUUGGUCCAUGAUCGCUCUCCGACUGAUGAGAUAUCCUCCGGCGCCAGGUAGGUGAAGAGUGCACUCGCAGAUACUGGCCAAGACGAGCCUAUGCAGGAAAAAGAAAUCCAAUUGUCUAUCAAGUCCAUUGACCAGUCGUGCCACCAUUUACCAUAACAUCCAGGACGCUCAGGUCGGCCUUUUUAGUUGCCCAGACAAACUAAAACUUAAGCCCCGGUUCUAGAAGGAAAAAACUUGCUUUUGUCUGCCGUGCCCCCGUCUGCGAUAUGUCCCACCCGCUUGGCUAUCUUUUCCAACGUCGACUGGCGAACAGCACUUGACAAGCAUGCCGCGCAAGAGGUUCAUACAGCAAAUUGGAUUCUGUUACCAAAUCCUGGGCGCUCUACAAAACUCUAUCCUCUAUCUUAUAUGACUUCGAGGUUCUCAACGUUGGAAUUCCCGAUCCAUGCUGUUGCUUCAUGAUCCGUGUUUUGGCACAUUUGAAACGGAAUAAUCACAGAACGCCUCCUCCACCAUGUCCACCUCUGGCCGUGACCAUGGCCAUGGUGAGAAGCGGCUACCUCCCCACAUAAUGGACGAGACUCCUAUAGCACGAGGCGUCCGUACUCGCUCGCACGAUGAGGAAGAGAUUCGGCGAGAAUCUCGCAGCUCACGCAAAGCCUCCGUCGUUGCCGCUCUCAAGACGAACUACCAGCUCGCCGACGUCCCUUCAGACUCCGAUAGUAUCAAAGUUGGCUAUGAUUCAACUCACCGGAAACUGAAGCCUAGACAUAUCCAGCUCAUCGGUAUUGGUGGGACCAUUGGCACAGCCUUGUACGUCCAGAUUGGACGUGGCUUGCUCAACGGUGGUCCUGGAAGCUUGUUUAUCGCCUUCUCCUUUUGGUGCACUUUCAUUUUAUGCGUGACCAACUGCAUGGCCGAAAUGGUGACAUAUCUCCCGAUAUCAUCGCCAUUCAUACGAUUUGCGGGACGGUACGUGGACGAAGCAUUUGGCAUGGCAGCCGGGUACAAUUUUUUUGUGUUUGAAGCGGCAUUGGUGCCGUUCGAAAUCGUGGCGUGCAAUGUCAUCAUCCACUACUGGAGCGACAUUGUGCCCGCGGGCGGCAUCAUCGCCAUAGUCAUUGUGGUCUAUGCAGUGGUGAACUUGUUUGCGGUGCAAUGGUACGGAGAAUCCGAGUUUUGGCUGGCACUGGGCAAAGUGCUUUUGAUUGUCGGGCUGAUCAUUUACACAUUUAUCGUCAUGCUCGGCGGCAACCCGCUUGGCGACCGUUUUGGAUUUCGGUACUGGAAGAACCCGGGUUCCUUCACCGAGUUGUACUACGAAGGCUCGCUCGGUCGGUGGCUCGGGUUUCUACAGUGCUUGAUCCAGGCGUCCUUCACCAUCGCCGGACCGGAUUACGUGUCAAUGGCUGCAGGAGAGGCAGAGAACCCACGCCGAGUGCUCCCCAAGGCCUACAAGGCCGUGUUUUACCGGCUCACAGCGUUUUUCAUGCUCGGCUCGCUGUGCGUGGGCAUUUUGGUGCCUUACAACGACGCCGAGCUCAAAGAGGCCUUCUCAACCGGCAAGCCCGGCGCCGCCGCCUCCCCUUACGUCGUGUCGAUGAACCGCCUUCACAUCCCUAUCCUUCCACACAUUGUCAACGCCAUGGUCCUGGGUGCUGCCUUUUCCGCCGGAAACAGCUACGUCUACUGCGCUAGUCGAAGUCUGUUCGGCCUGGCGCUCGAAGGCAAAGCCCCGCAAAUCUUUACUCGCUGUACUAGGAACGGAGUGCCCAUUUACUGUGUCCUGUUGGUUCUGCUGAUCAGUCUGUUGAGCUUCUUGCAAGUUAGCAAUGACGCCGCCGUGGUUCUGAACUGGUUUGUCAAUCUGGUAACCGCAUCGCAACUCAUCAACUUCGCCGUCAUGUCAUUCACAUACAUCAAAUUCAAACGGGCCCUCGAUGUCCAGAGGGUGGACCGCAACACCCUGCCCUACAAGUCGUGGUGGCAACCCUUUUCCGCAUAUUACGCCUUGGUCGGGUGUUCCGUCAUGGCCUUUGUCGGCGGCUACCCGGUCUUCCUGCCCGGGAACUGGGACGUCCCGACUUUCUUGUUCAGUUAUACCUCGGUCGCUGUGUUUCCCAUAUUAUUUGUCGGCUGGAAACUGUACAAGAAGACAAAAUGGUUGAAGCCCGAGGAAGUCGAUCUGCGCAAGGACUUGGAUGAUAUCGAAGAGUAUGAAAGGACCUAUGUGCCUAGGGAGCCGAGGAACGCUUUUGUCAAAUAUUUUGAUAAACUCUUCAGCUAGGUUCAAAUUUCAAAAUGGCAGACUUCGAAAAGCCAGACGGGACAUCUGCAGAGUGGAAAAGUCGCGUGUCCUCAUCUACACUUGGUACAGAUUAGACUAUAAGAAAUACCGGAUAUCGGUAAAAUCAAUUCAAAAAUGCAUUCAUCAUA